AGCGAUUCUGGCUCAACCUCGAAUCACCUCGAUCUGCGUCGCCUCUUCUGCAACUUUUUGUCGCCUCGUAAUGGCGCACAUCGCCGCGUUCUUUGGGUCCGACUCGGCCGUGCUCUCGGCGUGUCGUCGACAUGCCGGGAAGCAGAUGGACCGCUGCGAGACCGCAGAUACGGUGUCAACGGCAUCUUCAGCUCAGGUGGACCGCCGCGUGCUUGACGAUUCGGUGGCCACGGCAGCCUCAGAUGAGGCCUUGCUCAAGCGUGAGGCCUCGGGACUCUCAGGCGUCCACGAGAGCGUGGCCCUCUCGGUCUUCUACUACGAGCCAAGCCCGGGCACCCCCGAGGCGGGCGCGGACGCCAGCCCCAGGCAGCGCGCUGCGCAGAGGCGCCACCGCCUCAAGCGGCGGCAUCUCGGCGCGCAGGACGGCAUCCUGUGCGAGCACCUGAUGGGCUUCUGCAGCUCCGACUGCAGGAUCUGCGGGGAGGGCCCCCCCCCGCGGCCGAGGCCUCGCCGGCCGCAGCCCCACCGCGGCGCGCCGCCUGAGGGCCCUCGGCGGGCGGCGCGAGCACUUCUGGUGGCCUCGGGCGGCUGCCGAGAGGGGGUCGGCGGAUUUCAUGGAAGCCCGACGCGGUGGAGCCUGGAACCCUGCUGAGCGAUUCCGCCAUAGCGGUCGUUUUCAUGACUCCCGGAGGUCAAGUGGUCGUGUGCAUCAUUUCUUUCGCCAAGUUGCAUUUAGAUUCUACUGUGCACGUAGACCUUUCCUCCAAGUCGAGAGCCCCGAGAUGCACCCCACACGGCCCAAUACGGAGUCCAGAUAGCUCCAGAUAGCCUCCGAGGCGGCCAAUACGCCUCCAAGAC